AUGCCAUCAACAACGAAAAUCUUGCACUUCCUGGCGGUUACUCUGGCCAGCGCCAUUGCAGCGGGGAUGCUGGGAUACGGGAUGGCGGCCACCUGGGCAGUCUCAACAAUGGGCUGCGAGCAAAACAAAACCAAUAUCUACAAUGGCACGGCGGAAGUGACACUUGGACUCUUUCGCCUCGAAAUAACGAGACGCUGUCCCUUUGGAGCUGGAAAAGGCCAUGGAGCGUUUGAAAAACUGCAGGCGAUCGGAGGUAUUCCAAUCAUCCUCCAUGGACUUGUGGUUGCUUUCUUAGUCUUCAGCUUGGUCGGCACCGCCGGCAGUAUCCUCGUCUCCCUGUACAACAGCGUGAGCAAUCCCUACCAGACACACCUGGGGCCCGUGGGUGUGUUCACCUGCAGUUCCAUCGGCGUGAUCUUCUGCUUUCUGGCCCUCAUCUUGUUUGUGGUGAACGUCUAUGCGACUGACAUGUUUGAGAGUCUGGUCAUGAGCGAACAGAUCGUCAACCUGGAACCAGCAGAGGUCACCAUGGAGAUUGGCUUCUUCUUCCUGAUCCCCUUCCUGGUGAUGAGCCUGCUGGCCAUUCUGGUGGUCUUCCUGUACCAACACGUAGCCUACACCCACCAGAGGGAACAGCAAAGGCCGACAGAGGACGCGCCCAAGGAGAUCAUGAUGUACUAGGAAGAGUUGAUGGAGAGCGCUCUCUUUGCAUGGCCACAGACUUGAGAGACUCAAAGAAGGAGGACUUCUUUGAGCACAUAUAAAUGUAACACAGUAUAUAAAUAUGUUAAAACACCCUUGUUUUUCACUGAAGUCAGAUAAGUGAAUUGAAGAGACCAAAAAAUUUUGAGUCAUCACAUGGAUGAUCUUACGGCAGAAAAGCAGGCCCACAGUGACAUGCUCACAAAUUAC